AUGUUGAAGGCCGCUGUCCCGCGGUGCCCUCCGCUCCUCCAACGUCGCUGGCAAACACAUCACUCGCACCAACCUUUCCCUCCAGACAUCCACCAGUGGUCACAUCCGCCCUCGAAAGCUACUGUCUCAGACGACGAAAUCUCGCGACUCGCAGCAAAGCCUCGACGACCUCUGACGCUCGCAGACCUGGUCAAACAUGGCAAGCCUCCCUUACGCGAUGCCGAUCUCCUAUCCUCUGCCAAUUUCACUGUAUCACUCCUACCGGCCCGACUCGCCCAUCGAAUCCAAGCCCUUCGAAACCUGCCCUUCAUCGUGGUGGCCAACCCCAAUGUCUCCACGAUAUACAACAACUAUCUCCACUCCCUGUCCACCUUGGAACCGUUUUACAAGAAACCAAUUGAGACGAUAGAGGAGGAGAUGAAGUUCACAGAGGCAAUGGCGGACCUGGUACGGACUCAUUCCAACACCAUCCCUACUAUGGCAAAAGGGUUCCUUCAAUGUCGCAAGUAUAUCGACCCUGCCGAGGUCACCAAAUUCUUGGAUCAACACCUCCGUGCCAGGAUAGGAACCCGGUUGGUCGCGGAGCAACAUCUGGCGCUUCACAUGGCUUCUACGGGCGAGGCGGCCAAGCAAAAGCCGGAUCCUAAUCACGUCGGCGUCAUCGACCUUGGCUUACGGCCUGCCGAUGUCAUUCGACAAUGUGAAGGGUUUGUAGGGGAGGUGUGUGAACUCAAGUACGGCGUGAGGCCUAGUCUCGUCAUCGACGGUGACACAGAUGCCGAAUUCGCUCAUAUUCCGAUGCAUCUCGAAUAUAUCAUCACGGAACUGUUGAAAAAUGCAUUCCGAGCCACCAUCGAGUCGGGCAAUGAGCGAGAGCCCAUUGAAGUCACCAUCGCCUCGGCACCUGACGUGUCAACCACAAAACUGCAAGCCUUGAGAAAGUUGUCCGUCAGUGAGGAAAAUGCGUACGAUUUCUCGCAAGAUGGCCUAGAAGAGUAUUGUUCUUCGUCAGAUGCAGACAUCGGACCACUCAACUCGGCGGCACCCUGUAUCACGUUAAGAAUCCGUGACCGAGGCGGAGGCAUCCCACCCGAAGCACUUGCCAAUAUUUGGUCGUAUAGCUUCACGACAUUCAAUAACGAACAGGCUGCGGCCGCCGGAGGCGACAAUGGCACAGAUGCAGGACUGAAUACUAUUGCAAGUAGUGGAUCGGACCAAAGCUCCAUCGCUGGACUGGGGUACGGAUUGCCGCUCAGCCGGGCCUACGCCGAGUAUUUCGGGGGUGGAAUAGCCCUGCAGUCCAUGUACGGCUGGGGCACGGACGUCUACCUUACUUUGCAGGGCAUUGGAAAGAUGGAGGAAGCCAAACGAGCUCCCAGUGGGUAUGAGAUACUGCAGGGGGAGAUGGCCAAGAAAGAGUAG